AUGGUUCUUCACUAUGGUGAUUUGACAGAUUCAACCAAUCUUGUGCAUAUCGUAUCACAGGUUCUUCCAACAGAAAUCUAUAAUUUGGGUGCACAAUCUCAUGUAAAAGUUUCCUUUGACAUGGCCGAGUAUACUGGUGAUGUUGACGGAUUGGGUACUUUACGUUUGUUAGAUGCCAUACGAACUGUCGGCCUCACAAAUCAUGUUAGAUUUUAUCAGGCGUCCACCUCCGAGCUUUAUGGAAAAGUUGUGGAAACUCCUCAAUCGGAAACUACACCAUUUUAUCCUCGUUCACCGUAUGGUGUUGCAAAAUUAUAUGCCUAUUGGAUAGUUGUUAAUUACCGUGAAGCCUACAACAUGUAUGCUUGUAAUGGUAUUCUUUUUAAUCAUGAAUCACCUCGUCGUGGUCGUACGUUUGUAACGCGAAAGAUUUCACGCGCAGUUGCCGAAAUUCAUCUUGGUAAACAAGAGUGUCUUUGGCUUGGUAACCUCGAUGCAAAACGUGAUUGGGGACAUGCAAGAGACUAUGUUGAUGACUAUGUCCUUGCGACAGGUGAAACUCAUACUGUCCGUGAAUUCGUAGAAAAAUCGUUCGCUGUGAUCAACAAGUCUAUUGUUUGGGAAGGUGAAGGUGAAGAAAUUGUUGGUCGUGAAAAAGACACAAACAUCAUUCGUGUGCGAGUUGAUCCAAAGUACUUCCGUCCUACCGAGGUAGAUUUGUUACUUGGAAAUCCUGAAAAAGCAAAUAGACAACUUGGUUGGAAGCGAAAAGUGGAUUUUGAUUCUUUGGUAAAAGAAAUGGUUUUAGCUGAUAUUGAAGGAGCCCGAUCAAAUUCGGAAAAUUAA